CGGUGGGUGGUCUAGAGAAAACAGGUGUUUGAGGACAUUAGGUGUUAUGGACAGCAGCAGAUGUAAAAGGUGUCGUUGGUUUCUUUCUAAAUAAAUGCCGACUGCGGGGCUGCAACCUAUGUUGUCCUCUCCAAAUAUCAGAAAGUUUCAAAGAUGUGUAGAAUAAAUUAUGUUAUUGGUGAUCUGUUCACCGCUUCAAAUCACGAAUCGUUAGCGCACUGUGUUAGUCGUGAUUUGCGAAUGGGAAAGGGGAUCGCUGUAUUAUUCAAAAAUAAUUUUGGCCGCACGUCAGAAUUAAAAGAGCAGAGUGAGUUAUUGGGUUUUAUUUAAAUGUAUUUUUCAAUAGCUAGACCAUAUCCUGAUUUUUUUUUAUUUUAACAGAAAAGCUGGUGGGACAGUGUGCGGUCCUUAUACAGGGUCAACGUUUUAUAUACUAUCUGGUAAAUAAGCAGCGGCCGACUAUACCGCAGGGUACAAAAUUGACUCAUUGUUUUUUUUCAUUUUUGGUAAUUCUAUCAGAUUACCAAGGAAAAAGCAAGCCAGAAACCGYCAUAUAACGAUCUCAGACAGAGUCUGGAAGACAUGAAAUCUCACUGCGUUUAAAAUAACGUGAAAAGAAUAGCAAUGCCACGAAUUGGAUGCGGCUUGGAUCGUCUGGAAUGGWCAAAAGUCUCACAGAUUCUGCAAGAGGUGUUUAAACAGACGGAUAUUACUCUGACUGUUUUCUUCAAAUUAGUUCCAGACACUUUAGCUUCUUCGUCAACAGACCUGGCUCCACAAGACACGGAGAGGUGUGUGACGCCACGAUCGGUCUACGGUGCACAGGGGGAUCGACUUUUUACUCAGAAGAAUAGGCUUUCUCUGACUAAAUCCCGACUUCUCUCGAGCAAACCUACAAACGAGCCGUUGCGCAAUAAGCCGGGCGCCGGCGUUUUUGAACCGGAACCGGAACCAGUAGUGAGCCUUCUUGACACGGACACGGAAGAAGAGCAGCGUUACCCGUCUCAACGUUACAACGAUUCAUAUCAGAAAAACCCGUCCACCCUGUAUCCUACCGUGAAUUUUCUACAGUUCGACGACGUCUAUGCGGAGGGUCAUCAAGCCGACGGACCGAGAGAUCAGACCGCGGCACCAGAGGCAGCAGCGUUAGCUAACGCGUUAGCUCCGGCGUUAGCUCCAGCUUUAGCUCCAGGGCUACUCCCACACGGGUUAGCUGAACCGGCGCUACCUCUGCCAACGGCUCCCGAACGUCAGAAGACACCGGAGGAUCUACGGUUUGAACCAGUUACUCCACUGCCAUCGCCACGACCUCCAUUCGCGACCGCGUUUGUAGCUACGACCCAGCGGCCAGGAGUUCAACCAGUGGACACGGUGAGAGAGCAGGAUGACAAAGUGCUAACCGGGGGUACAAGGAAGCGCCAGGCAGCAGUUACACGGGGCCGAAUUAAAGUGCUAACCGGGGGUACAAGGAAGCGCCAGGCAGCAGGUCCUGUUCAAGCGAUUAUACGUGACCGAAUUAAAGUGCUAACCGGGGGUACAAGGAAGCGCCAGGCAGCAGGCCCUGUUCAAGCAGUUACAAGGGGCGGAAUUAAAGUGUGAAACGGAGCGACCGUCGCGAUUGAAUUGAUUUCAGCCGCCCUGGAGCUUAUGAAUGAAGAUGAAGUCCACGGGCACGGGCCGACCAAGAAGGAGAAAACCCUAGAAAGACAACGCUUGGAGCGGGAGAACAAGACAUAUGCUUCUGUCUUACUUGAAGCGAGUCAAAUCAUGUUACUUACACGUUAAACGAUGUUAAACGAUUUAUCAGGAGUGUUUUUUCUUACUGUUUUUCUCAGGAGUGUUUUUCUUACUAUUGAAUGACUUCUCAGGGGUGUCUAAUAACUGUUGAAUGACUUCUCAGUGUGUUAUUCUCUGUUAAAUGAAUUCUCAGGACGUUUUUUUACUUUCUUUUUCUGUAUAAAUUAUGGGUGAACUAUCAAAUAGAGCUGAUUUAGGGGAAUUAAGGGGCCAGCUUGAUGAUUUAUUAACACGACUAAAUAGCACCCUGCAAAAUACCGUAUCGCAGCGAUUCGUCACUCAACCAAUCGGUCAGGUUAAUAAUUUACAGGUAACCGAAUAUGCGUCGCUCGUGCAGAGUUCUAUAAAUGUUUUGAGCAGACUGUCUUCCGCGUUGGAACUUUUGCAACAUUCACCCGGUGCUGCAGACCCCCCUCCUCCUCCUCCUCAUGCAACUGCAGCGAAAUCUUCUCUCCCUCCUGCUGGCGCAGACCCCCCUCCUCCUCCCCCUCAUGCAACUGCUGUGGAAUCUUCUCUCCCUUCUGCUGGCGCAGACCCCCCUCCUCCUCCCCCUCAUGCAACUGCUGCGGAAUCUUCUCUCCCUACCGGUGAUGCAGACCCCCAUCACCGCUGCUUGAACGCGAACGUUUCAAUAACGUUGAACUUAGACGAGCCUUCAGAAUUCCUUCCUCCUGCGAUGGUUCUGCGCCUGAUCUUGCCUCAUAUUAUGUACAAGUUAUGGGGGUUCUGGACAGACUAGCGGAUGAUGCGGGUUCUUUAGCCAGACGAAAUGACGUCGUUCAGCUGGAACUGGUUGGAGAUAAUUUCGCCAGGCAUUUAAAUAUUCACGUUAGCAACGACGGCGACAUACAAACAGCGUUUAUGGAUUUCAUGGACGAAAUAGUGCAAUCGAAUGCAGAGCUACCUGCGCACGGUGAACUUGAAUUUGUCUUACAGAUAGUAAAAAAUCCUUCAGGAGGGGUGAAACGCAAAGCGGUCAAAACUUUAGCCUGUGAACUCAUUAAUAAAAAAAGACGUCAUCUGUAUGAGGUACAGAAUUUUGACAAUAAGCUUUGUUUUGCCAUCAGUCUAGCGCAUGUAUACAACAACCAUUUCACGGAUUUGGAAGCAGAACAACAAGCCAAGCAAUGGCAAUACGAGGCAGGGCUUACUGAUCAAACACCCGUUACGUUUACAGACGUGGAAAAAUUUGAAAACAUAAUCCGGUGAAAAAUUGUGGUGUUUCAUAAAAACUCAAAAAAUCCUGUUUUGUCUAAAUUUGAGACCGCGUUCCAAGACCGCACAAAUACCUGCUUCCUGCUCUUGCAUGAAGGGCAAUUACUACGGGAUAAAAAACGUGAAGGGCUUCUUUGGCACGAGACAUUUUUGUCAGUACUGUUUUAAUGCUUACGACAAUCCCACCACACACUCGUGCGAAGGCUAUUGUCAGAUAUGCUGCAAAUCCCCAUGCGUCGGCCAGGACUACAACCCUGUUUAUUGCCGGGACUGUAACCAGACCUGCCGUAACUCCAAAUGUUUUGACAAACACAAGGACCCUGCGUUCAAACCUCGCGCUGAAAUCUUUGCGAGCGAAUGCGAAAUUACCAAAAUGUGUACGGUCUGUAAGAGAAUAUAUCAUGUGACAAUCACUAAGCAGGGGAAAGAACACGCGUGCGGAACAAAAUGCAUGAUUUGCGGAGAAAAAAUAGAACCCGGUUCAGCUAUAACCGACAGCAAACAUCUCUGUUAUAUUCAACCUCUCGCUAAAACCGAUCAAUUGGAUGACAAAAUCGUUUUUUAUGAUUUCGAAUCAUAUUUUGACCAGAACGGCAUGCAUGUCCCAUUUCUAGUCUGCGCCAAAACUUUAAAAGGUGACUGCUGGUUUUCGUACGGCCUUGAUUGCGUGCGGAAAUUUAUACUUCAUUACAGAAAACCCAUGUUUAAAAAUUCCGUAUUCAUAGAACACAAUUCCAAAGGGUAAGAUUCUUACAUUCUUUUGAAUGCCAUGACUGAACUGGGUAUUUCUCCUAGCAUCAUUAUGACCGGGAGUAAGAUUCUUUGUUUUACUGAGCCUGAUUACAAAUUGAAAUUUAUAGACAGUCUAUAAUUUCUUACUAUGAAGCUGAGCCAGAUGCCUAAAGCGCUGGGCUUUAACGAUAAAUCAAAAGGCUUCUGCUCAUUUAUUCUCCUCCAUGGAGAAUUUGCGCUAUGUCGGCCCCUACCCUUCAAAAGAUUAUUACGCCGCGGACCGAAUGGACCCUUCUCAGCAGCGCGAAUUUACUGACUGGUACCAGGAAGCCUCCAAAGAGGAUUUUGACUUUGCAAAACAGGCCCUUCAUUACUGUCAGAACGACGUGCAGAUUCUUUAUCAGGCCUGCGUUAAAUUCAGAAAUCAAUUUUUCCAGGAGACGGGGGUGGACCCGUUCACCAGAAUAACAAUCGCUAGCGCCACAAUGAAGGUGUUUCUCACAAACUUUCUCGAACCCGGUACAUUAGCGAUACCGUCCCCUAUGGAUUACAGAAAUUUGUCAGACUUUCUCUAGCGCAUCCAUCCAAUGGCUGGAAUGGAUCAUGUUUGAUAGAAAUAUAUUUAUUGAACAUGCGUUAAACGUGGGAGAAAGGAAAAUCGGUCCGUACUUCGCAGAUGGAUUCUGCAUCGUUUCCGGCGUUCCGACCGUCCUAGCUUUUCACGGCUGUUUUUGGCACAGCUGUUCUCAAUGUUUCAUUCAAAAUGAAAAAUGUCCUUUGAGAAACAUCAGCUUUGAACAGAUCCGUGCGGCAAGCGAUGAGAAAGACAGAAUCCUGCAGUCCAAGUACGGCGUUCAACUCGAGGUCGUGUGGGAGCAUGAGUGGAUUGAAAUUAAGCGAUCUGAUCAGAGGGUGAUUAAUUUUCUUAAAAAAAUGAAAUUUCCAGAGCCUCUGGUACCACGCAAUGCCCUUUUUGGGGGGAGAACUUCCGCGUUCAAAUUGAGACACACCGCCACUCCCGACGAAACUGUUCACUAUGUGGAUUUUACAUCUCUGUAUCCCUAUGUGAACAGCAGAUUCCCGUAUCCUUUAGGACAUCCCAAAAUAAUAUACAAAGACUUUGAUCAUCCUGACAACUAUUUUGGCUUCAUCAGAGCGGUCGUCUUUCCUCCUAGAGGGCUCUAUUUCCCGGUUCUGCCCUACAAAACAGCUCGCGGUAAGCUAGUGUUCACGCUCUGUCGUACCUGCGCGGAAAAAAAUAACCAGAUGACUUCCUGCGCACACAGCGAUCAGGAAAGGGCUCUGACCGGCGUCUGGGUGAGCGUCGAAUUUCAGAAAGCAUUACGCUCAGGUUAUCGCAUGGAGAAAAUCACAGAGGUGUGGUAUUUUGACAGGAGCAGCAGCAGCAUUUUUAAAGACUUUAUACACACAUUUUUGAAGGGUAAGCAGGAAGCAUCGGGCUACCCUGCUGAAGCGACUGAUCAGGAAAGCAAGGAGAAGUAUGUGAGAGAGUACAAACUGCAUCAAGGCAUCCAGUUAGACCCGGAGAAAAUUGCAUUCAAUCCCGCUAAAAGACACCUGUUCAAAAAUAUACUGAACGGUUUCUAGGGGGAAGACUGGCCAGAGAUCAAACCUGACGCAGACCAGCAUCGUGAGCGAUCCCGGUGAUUUCUUUAGUUUCUUAUUCUCAGGUAAAUACGACGUCAAGUAUUUCCACUUUCUGAACCCUGACGCCUGUCUGUUGCAGUGGAUCCACAACAACAAAUGCGUGACCCGCCCGAGCAAGGUUGCGAAUGUUUUCAUCGCAUCAUUCACCACUUGUUACGCUCGUUUGAAAUUGCUUGCAUGUAUGGAACCUUUACAGCAAAAUGUACUGUACGUGGACACAGACAGUCUGAUUUACGUGCUCAAAGACGGGCAGGAGCCGCUGCAGCUCGGAAAUUACCUGGGGGAUCUUACUGACUAGCUCGAUGGUGACACGAUUCAAGAGUUCGUUUCCACAGGGCCUAAAAGUUAUGCUCUUCAAACAAAGAACCAAAAGAAAAUUUCGAUGCGUGUGAAAGGGAUCACUCAGACACGCGAAUGUAGUCAGAUAGUCAAUUUUGACAGCAUUAAAGAGCUGGUUGAAGGUUACUUGAGCGGAUCCACAGACGACGUGAUUCAGAUCCCGCAAAAAACGAUCAGGCGUGAUAAAAGAGGGUUCACCUUAAAAAAUGCUGCAUUCUUGAAAAGGUUACGAGUCAUUUAUGACAAACGCAGACUUUUUCCUGACGGGACAACCUUACCGUUUGGAUACUAAAUUGUUCAUCCUAAAUUUUACAGAGGGGGGAGUAAAAUAAUUGUAAGCUUUUUUCUAUUUUCUCUUGUUAUUUGAUAUUUUCUACUAUUACGGGUAUAAAAAAUGAUGCAUUCAGGUCAUGCACAAGAAACGUUAUUUGAUCAUCGAUUUAAAAUGCCUUUUUCAUGUCUCAUCGUCGGACAGAGCGGCUGUGGAAAAACUUAUUUUGUGCAGAAAAUGUUGACGAAUUGUAGUCAUGUGAUGACCCAUGCGCCUGAUAUGAUCGUAUGGAUAUAUAACUCUUUCCAACCUAUGUACACCUGAUUGCAAAAAAUGAAUAAAGACAUCAAGUUCAUCAAAGGUUUACCUGACUCUUUUGAAGAUGAAGACUUGUUUCCAUCAAAUAAAAGAAUUUUAAUAA